AUGGAACUUGACUCUGUUUUACUAAAAACAGUUGUUUUAUAUUUUGAGACAUUAAGUGACAUUAUUGUAUUCGUUUGUGUUAACAAAAAAUGCUUAAAACUAGUCCAGACGAUGUCCACAAAUUCAUACAAAUUAAUGUCAAAACACCCAAUUGAUCAGAUAAUCAAAAUUUUCCCACAAAUAGAAACACUAAUUCUUGUCGAGUUUCCACAAACCCUCACUGGCAUUACUCUUCAAAAAGUUUCAAACAUUGAAAUUAAUCAAAUUAACUUUGAUGAAAACAACCCAAGAAUAUACCCACAGUGGUUUUCUCAAAAACUUAAGAAAGUUAGAUUAUAUUCAGAAGAGAUUGAGUGUCUGGGAAAUAACAUAUUUCAAUUUAUUAACUUGACAUCUCUUGUUAUUGUGAGGAAUAUGGACAAUAUGCCAGAAUUUCAUAACAGUAUUUUCACUAUUAUGGAACAUCAAUCACUUAAAAAUUUUGUAUUGUUCGACUCAAUUUGUAACAUCAUGCAACUAAUCAAUUUUGAAUUUGAAAAUCACAAAAACACCGAAUACACUUUUGUACUUGAAGGAAUUACUGAUUUUGGAGAAACACCAGACUUUAAGGUGUUUACAGAACUGCCCGAAAACGUCGUUGUUUUUACCAACUUUUUGUGCAAAGCAUCUUUGAUUUGUAAGAUGAAAUUUUCACCAUUCGAUUCAUUUAAAGAUUGUGGACUUUUGGUGCACAAAGACAUGGGAGGACAUGAACUGUAUAUCGAAGAAAUGAUUCAGAAGUGUUUGACCGACAAAGUCGAUGUUAUUAGUUUUAAUUCUCAAAACGACUACUUUUAUGAUCAAAUGGAAGAUGAAAAGAUGGCGUUCAAUUUUAAAAAGUCAAAGUAUAUAAAAAGAAUGUGGGUUGAAUUUGUUGACAAUUGUGAAAUUGUUGCUCCAAAACAAGCGAGAGAAAUCAACAUUUUAUAUAGCAAGGCGGACUUUAUAAUGGAUGAAAGUGAAGCUGAAAAUAUCAAAAUUGUUGGUUAUGCAGGUAAGGAACUUGUUGUAAAUGAUAAAAAGUUGGUUAAUUUUGAAUGUCAAAGAAUUGAAAGUCGGGUCAACUUCAUACACAAUGAAAGAAUGUUUCAAAACACAUUUAUUUUCAAUUUUGAUGUAAAUAAAAAAUGUGUCGUGAAACAUACCAAAUGA